AUGCUUGCUUCCCUCGGAAAACCGAGGGAAGAGAUUCCGUAUGAAAACAGUGAAGAACAGCGAGUAGUUAAAAAACCCCAGUCGCCAAAACUCUAUGAAAACAGUGAAGCACAGCGAGACCGACUUCUUUCGGGGUCGCCUUCAAACAAGCAGAGUAAAUGA